UUUACAUAACUUUGAGAUAAAAAUAUCUCCUGUGAUAAUGCCAAGCUUUAAAGCCUUUUACAAAGAAAUACAUUGGAUGAAUUGCACUUUACUCUAUCAGCUUUUCCGUCAUAACCUCAAAAUUCUACAAUGUCCGACACCAAAAGAAUCUUGAAAGAAGCAGCCAUUCAGAUAGGCUCUGGGGGCUCCGCUGGCUUUGUAGAAGUUUGCAUAGUGCACCCCCUUGACUUAGUGAAAACAAGGCUCCAGAUACAGUCGAAGGUUUUGAACAAAAAUGACCCAAAGAGUUAUACCGGUCUGGCGGAUUGCUUCCGAAAGAUGUACAAACACGAGGGACUGUUCUCUUUUUGGAAAGGAAUAUUACCUCCAAUUUUGGCUGAAACCCCGAAAAGGGCUGUGAAAUUCUUUACAUUCGAGCAAUAUAAACAACUUUUUAUGUUUGGUUCUCCUACGCCCACGCCUUUGACAUUCUCACUAGCAGGCCUAGGUGCUGGAACUACAGAAGCCAUUCUUGUCAAUCCUUUUGAAGUAGUCAAAGUGACAUUGCAGGCGAACAAGGCACAUUCUGGGGAAAUACCUAGCACUUGGGCUGUGACGAGGCAGAUAGUCACUGAGAACGGGCUAGGGCUUAGAGGAUUGAAUAAAGGGAUUACUGCCACCAUCGCUAGAAAUGGUGUUUUCAAUAUGGUGUAUUUCGGAUUUUACCAUUCUGUCAAAGGAUUUUUACCAGAAUACGAGAAUCAGUAUAAGGAAUUCUUCAAAAAGGUGUGCAUAGGUUUUGUAUCUGGUAGUUUGGCAUCCUGCAUAAAUAUUCCAUUCGAUGUUGCUAAAUCUAGGAUCCAAGGACCUCAGCCAGUGGCUGGAGAAAUAAAAUACAGGACUACCUUGAAGUCGAUGAGAACCGUUUAUAAGGAAGAAGGAUUUAUGGCACUUUAUAAAGGCCUGCUUCCCAAAGUUCUUCGGCUUGGACCAGGUGGGGCCAUCAUGCUUGUUGUAUAUGACUACUCACAUAACUACUUGACUCAGAAAUUUGCUUAAACUGAGCCCAUAAUUUUAUAAAACUUUAUAAGUUUUAUCGUACAUAUCUUUUUGUGACCGAUUUAAAAUAUUUCAUCACGCUGACUGUUUUAGACCAGAAAUUGUUGUUAUUUUGAAACCAAAAAUUGUUAUUACAAAAUACACAAAAAGUAUAUCAAAAAUUUUAUUGUUAUGCUGUAUAGGAAAAAAUGAACACAACUUUAUUAUUCUCGAAUGUGUUUUUAAUAAAAUGUUGUACUUUUGAA